AUGGAGCCAAUCAGAGUAUCAUUCUUGGGCCCGGCAGCGUCCUUUUCUCAUCAGGCUGCUGUUGGAUGUUUUGGGACUUCGGCCGAGCUGUUUCCCCGCCUGUCCUUUGCAGAUGCUUUCGCCGCAGUACAGCAGCAGGAAUCAGACUAUGCUAUAAUACCCAUCGAAAACUCGACUAAUGGCUCCGUCGUUCAGAAUUUUGACCUCCUCGCUGAUCGGUUUGAUCUCUACGAAGAUGUCAAGGUAUGCGGGGAGCAUUAUUUGACAGUGCAUCACUGUCUCCUGGCUCAUAAGAACUGGUCGCAACCGGACAUCAGAUCAAUAACAAAGUUAUAUACACAUCCUCAAGCAUGGGGCCAGUGUGAGAAUUUCCUCGUUAAAUACUUGAAAGGUGUCGAAAGGCAGGAUGUGUCGUCGACCUCAAAAGCCGCCGAGAUUGUUUCUCUCGAGGCAACGGAGCGCAGUGGCGCAAUUGCCAGUCGCUUCGCUGCCGAACACCACGGUCUUGAUGUUCUAGCAGACAGAAUCGAGGACAAGGCUGAUAAUACAACGCGCUUCCUUGUUCUGAGGAAUGUCAAGUCAGAACGUACUGCCCGAUUUAGGUUUGACGAUGUGAAGGCGCCCUCAACUCAUAUACAGUCUCCUUCCCCGAACCCCGCGGAAAAGACGUUGAUCUCCUUUAAGGUCCGGCAGGAUUCUCCAGGAGCAUUGGCAGACGCUUUGUUGAUAUUCAAGGAGCGUGGGAUGAAUCUUACAAGUAUCAAUACACGACCAAGUCAAACAAGAGCUUGGCAAUACAUAUUCUUCGUUGAAUGCCAGCAAAUCCCCACGGAUCAGAACAUCCAGAAUGUCUCCGAUAUCUUGCACGACUUGCAGCAGGUUACCGAGCGAUGCAGGCAUCUUGGUACUUGGAAAGACCAGCUUGCGCCGGUGCAAGGAUGA